AUGUCCAAAGUAACAUUACAAAACGGUCAUGAAGGCGCUUCGAACUACUUCGAAGAAACCAAAAUACCCGUCCCGUGGGGCCACAUAAGCGGUAAAUGGUGGGGCGACCGGUCGCGUCAACCGGUCAUCGGAAUCCACGGUUGGCAGGACAACAGCAGCACCUUCGACAACCUAGCCCCCCUGCUGGCGCAGAAAGGCGUCUCGUUCCUCUGCGUAGACCUCCCCGGGCACGGGUUCUCCUCGCACCUGCCCCCGGGGGUGGAAUAUUACCUAUGGUGGGACGGCGUCCACUUCCUUCGCAGGAUCGUCAGGCACUUCGGCUGGAAGGACGUCACCUUGAUCGGGCACUCGCUGGGCGGCGGGAUAUCCUUCCUAUACGCCUCGAUCUACCCGGAGGAGGUCUCCAAAUACGUCAGCAUCGACAUAGCAUCGCCCAGCGUGAGGAGCCCCCAGAAACAAAUAGCCUCCAUAGGACCGGCGAUCGAUCGGUUCUUCGAUUACGAAGCGAAAACGGCCGACAUGACGCCUUAUUACACCUACGAGGACAUGGUGGAUAUAAUGGAGGAGGCCCACAAGGGGUCGGUGGACAGGGCCGGUUGCGAGGUGUUGCUCCGCAGGGGCAUGAAACCCGCUUACAAGGAAGGUUGUUUUAUGUUUACGAGGGAUCCUCGAUUGAAACUGGCCGCGUUGGGGUUCUUUACGUUGGAUCAGGCGAUGGAGUUCGCUAGUAGGAUUACAUGCGAAGUGUUGAAUAUCAAAGCUGACAAGACGCUGCGAUUGGAUAAUCCGGAAUAUUACGAUUUGAUUUUGGAUAAAAUCGAAGAGUCUGCGGAGAAGCUCGAAAGGCAUUUAGUCGAAGGUACGCAUCACGUACAUCUAACAGAUGCCGCUCGUGUAGCGCCUAUUAUAAUUAAUUUUUUAUUGGGUUGA